GCAGCAACUGAAUAACCAAUGGAAGGGGGUGCAAAACCAAGCAAGAACUAAUCCCCAGGUCCAGCCAAAAGGAGAUGCCACAGUGAUUGCAGCAGUGAGACACCCUGCUUAACUGUGGAAUGGUAAACAGCAGGAGAGGUGAUUUCCCUGGUGAGGGGUUCAUUCACCACAGGACGCCUAUCAUUCAUAAGGAAACAGGUGUCUCAUUUCAAAAGUAAAGACUUCAGUGAUAACAGUCGAUUAGGAAGUAGCAUAUUGUGAAGGGAGUCCGAAUAAAGCUGUAUCGCAUAGUAAUCUAUUCCAGCGCUCUCAGAGAUGGACUAUCUUGCCUGCCUUAUUGUUGUUCUCCAGUUAUCUGAAACCACAGGGGAAGGAAGAUUUGUGGAUACAACUGUAAAACUCACCAAUAAUAUGAAUCUGGAAUGCGUCUAUCCAAAGACAGAUGGCAUAACCCAAAUGUCCUGGGUUAAGAGUAUUGUAACUGGAAAAGAAGUCAUUGCAGUCUCCCACCCAUUGUACGGUGUGCAUAUUGAAGACAAAUAUAAGGACAGAGUUCGCUUUAUAAAUUCUUCCGCAAGAGACAACUCCCUAAACUUCAUGAAGACCACUGAAGCAGACACAGGCUUGUAUUUAUGCUCCAUAACGUUCCCAAAUGGAGUCUGGGAAAAGGUGGUACAGGUUAUCCAAUUAGAUUCUUUUGAGGUCCCCGUGCCACCAACCAACCACAUGAUUAUUGAACCAGGGGGAAAUGUGACACUUAGAUGUUCUUACAGUGUUGGAGAUUUGGUGCGGCAAGUGACGUGGGAAAGGAUUAAAGCGGAUCGGAUGGAUACCAUAGUCCUGUGUAACUUGUCAGAAGGGAAAACCUACGGUUCAGAUUACCAGGAGCGUGCAAUGAUAGACUGUGCUACUCAGGAGAGUGACAUUCUUGUCAUUCAAAAUGUUACAUCUUCUGACUCUGGAAUUUACUGCUGUCAUUACGGUGGAAAUAAAACCCAUGUGAUGCGCUUGACUGUCACUAGCGCAACUUUGGAUCAUCACUGGCAUAUUUUGCUCAUUGCUGGAGGGGCUGCUGCCUCAUUAUUACUACUGGUCACCAUAUUGAUCAUCAGCAUCACCGUUUAUCGUAAAAAAAAGAAAAGGAGAAGGAUCAUGAAGGCCCUCUUGAAAGCCCUGUACUCUACUCAGACCCGGCCCGGUAACAGUUAUGGAAGAUCCAACUUUCGUGGCACACCAAACAGCGGAAGAGGAGUAGAAUCAGUAUCUGGGGAGAUGCAUGAGAUUUAUAUCAACUACAGAGACUUCUCACGCAAACCUAAGAGAAGAGCAUGAGUUUCCUUCUCAUGUCUGAAUAAAGUAAACAACGUAGAAGUACAGCCUUUGGAUCAUAGGCUUUAUUGUCUUUGUACCAGACUGACCUUUAUUUUUUUAGUCUCCAUCAGCUAAGUGACUUUGAUUUAUCAGUGCAGCAAGAGAUUAUUUGUUUGUCUAUAAUUUACACCUUCUGAGGCUUUAACUACAUUUUAAGCAAUCUUUUUUGGCAGGGAGGGAGGGA